AUGUCUUCAUCUUUUCGAAGUGAGGAGAUGUGUCUCGCUCAGCUGUUUUUUCAGACUGAAUCCGCCCACAAUUGCAUCAGUGAACUUGGACAUCUCGGGCUGGUUCAGUUUAAAGACCUGAAUCCUGCUGUAGCGGCUUUUCAGAGGCGAUUUGUGAAAGAAGUGAAGAAAUGUGAAAAGAUGGAGAGAAUUUUGAGGUAUCUCGAGAAGGAAAUGGUGAAAUCUAACAUUGUUAUUGCACUGAAGAAGGAGAAGGAGGUCGUCCCCUGUCCCAGAGAUGUUUUCGAGCUAGAGUCCACAUUUGAGAAGUUGGAGCAGGACCUGAGAGAAAUCAACCGUAACCAUGUCGCACUCCGUCAGAACCUCAGCGAACUCAUGGACAUCGAUUCUCUGUUGAGGAUGGCCGAGGACUUCUUUGAAGAGAGGGGACUUGCCAAGAAAGAUGUGUUCAUUAUAUUCGUCCAGGGAGAUCACGUGCGAGAAAAGAUUAGAAAGGUGUGUGACGGCUUUCAUGCCAGUUUGUAUUCGUGCCCCAAAACAUUGCAUGAACGCAAGGAGAUGAGCAACAACAUCAUGACGCGGAUGGAAGAUCUACGAUUAGUCCUGAGAAGGACCGAGGAGUAUCGCGCUGGCGUCUUGAUGAAAGCUGCAGAUCAUGUACACCAGUGGAGCAGUAAAGUGAAGAAGAUGAAGGCCAUCUACUACACUCUGAACCUCUGUAACAUAGACAUCACACAGAAGCUGAUCGUAGCUGAGAUCUGGUGCCCUGUGUCAGAUCUCACAUUAGUAAACAACGCCCUGAUUAAAGGAUCUGAGCAGAGUGGUUCCAGUGUGACUCCAGUUCUGAACCGCAUUCAGACUCAACAAACGCCACCAACCUUUAACAGAACCAACAGCUUUAGUGAGGGUUUUCAAGCCAUUAUUGACACCUAUGGGGUCGGUACCUAUCAGGAGAUCAAUCCAGCUCCAUACACGAUGGUAACCUUCCCCUUCCUGUUUGCCGUGAUGUUUGGAGAUUGUGGUCAUGGUUUAGUGAUGACAUUGUUUGCGGUCUGGAUCAUUAAACAGGCCGAAUGUUUGAGGAGAUAUAAAAAUGAGCUUAUUGGUGUCCUGGUUGGAGGACGCUACAUCAUUUUGCUCAUGGGAAUGUUCUCUGUUUACACUGGCCUGAUUUACAAUGACUGCUUCUCAAAGUCCUUCAACGUGUUUGGUUCUUCCUGGCGUGUUCAGCCCAUGUUUCACCCCCACGGGCCAUGGCACAAUGACACACUACAUGAUUGCGAGCAUCUUCAGCUGGACCCAGUCAUUCCCGGGGUUUAUUCUGGUGUCCCAUAUGUGUUUGGCAUUGAUCCGGUUUGGAACAUUGCAUCAAAUAAGCUGUCGUUUUUAAACUCUUUCAAAAUGAAGAUGUCUGUGAUUUUGGGAGUCAGUCAUAUGCUUUUUGGGGUGACCCUCAGCUUGUUUAACUAUGCAUAUUUCCGAAACUUCCAGGACAUCUUGAUCGAGUUCAUUCCACGUACGAUCUUCUUCUUGUCUCUCUUUGGAUAUCUGGUGUUCCUCAUCCUCUACAAAUGGUGCAUCACAAUACCAUCCGACGUGGCUCCCAGUAUUCUCUUACUCUUCAUUAACAUGAUGCUGUUUGAUUAUCAGUCUCAACAUCAUCUUCUUUAUAAAGGACAGAAAGCUGUACAGAUCUGUCUGGUUGUGACAGCUGUUCUCAUGGUUCCUGUGAUGCUGAUGGUGAAACCUUUUCUCGCAUACAGAACGUACAUGAAAACCAGACCGCCGGCGAGCAUGAGUGACAUCUUUGUGUAUCAGGCAAUCCAUACAAUCGAGUUCUGCCUGGGCUGCAUUUCCAACACGGCCUCGUAUCUGCGGCUCUGGGCUCUCAGUCUGGCUCAUGCAGAGCUGUCAGAGGUGCUUUGGCGGAUGGUUCUUCAGGUGGGACUGAGGUUUUCCUCCGGUAUGGGUUCUCUCGUGUUAGCACUGAUCUUUGCUGCUUUUGCGGUUCUCACGGUGACUGUUCUUCUGGUUAUGGAAGGUCUCUCUGCUUUUCUACACGCUUUACGGCUACACUGGGUUGAAUUUCAGAACAAGUUUUAUGAGGGAUCUGGUUACAAGUUCACACCCUUGUCUUUCGACAGCCUCUUGAAAACUCAGCAGCAGUAG